AUGUCCCUGGCCGGCCUGGCGGGCGAGCUGAGUGUCGACCUUGCUGCUAUAAAGAGCAUCCGCUUUCAGCUAGGCUCAUUGAACGCGAAUACGAGCAUUGUCAGCAACAGCAGCGGCUUCGACCCAAGCGGCUGCCCAUUCUUUCGCGUUGUGGCUGGCUACGAGCGCCCAGAAGAGGAGCAGUCCUCAGAUGGCUGGACAUUUGAAGCCGCUUCAUUCGAUGCCGCCAGCGGCAUGGCCACCAUUCCGCUUUCUUACCGCUGCCCUAGCUACAGCUUGAGCGGCUCUUCCCGUGCUUCAGCCUCCGCCGCCCUCGGCGCUAUGGCCCUUGCGCUCAGUCGUCCGGCACUUGCCGCGGCCAUGGCGUGCGGCGCGGACGCGCAGGCAUCGGGCUGCGACGAUUGCACCCCCAUCCUCUACCUCGAGUUCAUGGCCGCGCAUCCCAAUGUCACGACGGAUGCGAACACCAUGACCUUUACGUGUCCGGAGGAGGGAUGUGGGUUGAGCGCCUCCUGCUCCACAGAAGCUCCGUCGAUCAUGUGCACGUGGGGAUGGGUGGCUGGUCGGCCCUUUAGCACGGAAGAUGGCCCAGUGCUCGCACCAUCAGUGCAGAGCUCCAGCUGUUGGGCCCAGAAGUCUGAGCUGAACACUUCGCUUGACGCAGGCCGGGGGGCCUGGUGGCGUCAGAACGGCCUGGCGGAGCACGGCUCGGUGGCCGCCUUCAGCCGGGCCUCGCUGGAGCUCAUGGCGGUGGGCGCUCCGGCGGUGCUGGUGGAGGGCGCCCACCGCGCGGCCUUGGACGAGAUCCGCCACGCCGAGGUCUCCUUCGGCCUGGCUCAGGGCUUCGGCGAGGCCCAAGCGGCUCCUGGGCGGCUGCCGCUGAAGGAGCUCCAGGUGACUUCCGAGCUCUCGGAGCUGGCAAAGCGGACCUUCCAGGAGGGCUGUGUGGCAGAGAUGGUGUCUCUGGCCAAGGUCAAGCAGCAGCUGCGGGGGGAGCUACUGCCCCAAGAGGAGGCAGCGCUGCAGCGCAUCUUUGAGGAUGAGGCGCGGCAUGCUGCUUUCGCCUGGCGAACUGUGGCGUGGGCCUUGAGCCAGGACAUGGCUGGCGUGCAGCCAGUCUUGCAGCAAGAGUUGGAGAAGCUCCGGCCGUCGGAGCGAGCUCCGGAGGACAUUCACCAGCAGGUGCGAGGCUUCGUAGCUCCCUGGCUGCGCGCCAUGCUGGCACAGGGCGGCGGCCUGGACUGGCGGCCGCCGGUGAUCCGCUGGGAGGCGGAUCUGGCCGCCGCGACGGCGGAAGCUGUGGCAAAAGCCAUGGGCGGCCAAGAGCUCACCGUUCCCGCUUUGGACAAUGCCACGGACCAUUACGUCUGCUUGUGGAGGUUCAACUGUGACAAGCUGCAAGUGGAGGUCCGCACUGUUUCAUCGGCGCGCACUCGGAACGGGCGCAAAGCCGACCCUGAGUCGAGCUACGAGAGUGGCGCCGGCACCACGAGGCAAAGCGCCACUGCCCGUGUGCCGGCGCAGUCGGAGCUGCGCCGCUGGCCUGCGGAGGGUCUCAAGGUGAAGGGCCGCAGGUGCUUGCCUUACGCCCGCACAGCCCAGCAGUUCGCGGGCGCCCGUAAGUUGCACUUCCUGCACGAGCCCUUGGAGGACUUGGAGGUUCCUGGUAGCGAGCACCUGCACGCCUUCACAAACAAGCUGGAGGCCCGUUUGCACCAGGGCGAGACGCUCUUGGUGCACUGCAUGGGAGGCCGUGGCCGAAGCAACCUGGUGGCAGGGUGCCUGCUUGCGAAGCUCUACGAUCUUCCAGCUGAUGAGGUGGAGCAGCGUUUGCAGCUGGGCUACGAAUCCAGGGACUAUGACAACUGCCUGGUGCCGGAGACGCAGCGACAGCGUGACACGCUCCGUGCAUUUUGCUCGGAGCUUGGCUGA